AUGGCCUCUGACACUACCGGCACUCUCAACUACAUGCUUGCUCCGCCUGACGGCUCUCGGCCUUACCAUAACGGAGAGGACCCGUACGAUAUGCAAAUUGAGGACGUGCGCGGGAAGGAGGAGCUUUACAAGCUUGACAGUGCUGGAUUUCAGUAUGGGCGAGAAGCGGCAAAGCACACCAGCUUCUUGAAUAAUGAUGAGGUUGAGCGCGAAUACUACCCUGAGAGCAUCGACCUCAUCAGGAGGGUCACGGGAGCAUCCAGCAUUGUCAUCUUCGAUCACAUUUCAACGCAGUGGUCAACGAUGUUUUGGGCUACAAAACUGAUCAUUCUCGCCCCAUUGGAGAAUGCUGGUGUUGAGACUCUGGUGGGAGAGACAUAG